GGAGGGGGAGGGCUAGUCUGAGCCGCAGCCGCCGCCUCCUCCGCUCGCCCUCCUCCCUGGCGCUGACCGAUGGACCAGCCGCUCCGUGGGGAGGACUCCGGACCCUGGUGGGGGGGCGGGGGGGUUCUUUAUCUCCCGUGAUUGAGGGACCCUAAGAGGCGGAUACAGGUCUGCCCUUGGGGAUGGUGCGCGGCGUGGGGAAGGUCCAAGCUCGCCUGGAGGGGGAGGGUGUUUCCCCUAAGUCGCGCCUCGCAGGACUUUUUUCUUCCCUGAGCCAGACGCCGGAAUGGAGUUUGAGGAAGAGAUUCUUCGCUGCAGCGACCUGACCGCCGAGAACCACCACCCGCUGGGCGUCUUGCGGCCACACCCCUGGCUCGCCCAGGCCGGCUACGCCCACGUGACCCCUCCCGUUUCCCUGCCGGUCUGGCCAAUGGAGGAGCUACGGAUGGCACGGCCUGCUCGAGCCUGGCAGUCUCCAGUUGCGCUGUGUAUGGAAGCCGGGGAAGACUUUGUUGGAAGGGGAGGCGAAAGGGGGUGCUGGAGGCUCUGGGGCGAUGGCUUCCGCACCCCUUCCAACCGCCCUCUUUCCCUGGAGUCGGCGAACCACAGCCCAGCCAAUUGGCUUGGAGAUGUGGCGGGUUGCCACUUCCCUGUGGGUCUCUGCAGCACUCUCUUGCCUGGUGACUGACACCUUGGAAAUGAAGUUUAUGACGUCAUCCCUGCGGCUGGCCAAUAGAAAAAGCUCCCGCGGAGAGGUGUUCCUCCCACUUCGACUGAGAGUCUUCAGGCGCGUGAGCGAGCGCGGGCGCGCGGAGGGGGUGGGGGAAAUCUCGAGCAGGGUGGCGCGCAUGAGCGGCGAAGCUCCUCCUCUCCGCCUAUAUAUAAAGGGCUGGCGCGGGGCUCGGCGGCGCCAUUUCGUGCUGGAGUGGAGCAGCCUCUAGAGCGAGCUGGAGGAUUCUGCCUACCGAUACAGAGCCUUCGAGUCGCCCGGGGCCGCCAUUACAAUCCACCUCCAUCCGCUUGGAAAUGGCAUUCGUCCCGGCCUAUGACCGGUCCCAGCGGACAGUACAGACCCCAUAGAAGCCCCUGAAGCUCCCCUUUUUUGGGCCCCGCCCAAUUCUCGGAGUCUGUCCACCCCCUCUACUCCGCCCUCAAGAGGAUUUCAAAGAUGGAGGCGGCGGCUCCCUAAACCACUUUUCGUGUUCAUCCGCCUCCAUCCGAGAUCGAAACGGGACCUCAUCGGGCCCGUAGGGUCCCGACAAGAAGAGGGAAUCCCUGCAGACCAACAGCGGGCUAUAUUGACGACGGUGUUUCAGAUCGGGGACUGUGUUGGUUUGAGGAGUCAGUCCCUCCUUAGUCGUCCGCCUCAGCUGAGGCCGCCGCCAUUUUCUUGCUGUCCGCCGUCUGCAGAGCGCGCCAAGCUGUCCGGAGCUCUCCGCGAGGCCCCGAAGAAACUGCUUUUGUGCCGACUGGGCAGGGUGUUUGUCGCCUGGAGGGCCAAGAGCAACGGCCUCUCCCCCAACUUAACCGGGUUAUGCUGGACCGGGCGGUGAGGGGAACCGAGGCCACCCGGACUUUCCGCGGCUGAGGGCGGCGCCGGUUCCCUGCGGUCAAGAUGCUGCAGAACGUGACUCCUCACAACAAGCUCCCUGGGGAAGGGAAUGCAGGGUUGCUGGGGCUGGGCCCAGAAGCAGCAGCGCCAGGGAAAAGGAUUCGAAAGCCUUCCCUCUUGUAUGAGGGAUUUGAGAGCCCCACAAUGGCUUCGGUUCCUGCUUUGCAACUGACUCCUGCCAACCCACCACCGCCGGAGGUGUCCAAUCCCAAAAAGCCAGGACGAGUUACCAACCAGCUGCAAUACCUACAUAAGGUAGUGAUGAAGGCUUUGUGGAAACAUCAGUUUGCAUGGCCAUUCCGGCAGCCUGUGGAUGCUGUCAAGCUGGGUCUACCGGAUUAUCACAAAAUUAUAAAACAGCCUAUGGAUAUGGGUACUAUUAAGAGGAGACUUGAAAACAAUUAUUAUUGGGCUGCCUCAGAGUGUAUGCAAGAUUUUAAUACCAUGUUCACCAACUGUUACAUUUACAACAAGCCCACUGAUGAUAUUGUCCUAAUGGCACAAACGUUGGAAAAGAUCUUCCUACAGAAAGUUGCAUCAAUGCCACAAGAGGAACAAGAGCUGGUGGUGACCAUCCCUAAGAAUAGCCACAAGAAGGGGGCCAAGUUGGCAGCACUCCAGGGCAGUGUUACCAGUGCCCAUCAGGUGCCUGCUGUCUCUUCUGUGUCACACACAGCCCUGUAUACUCCGCCACCUGAGAUACCUACCACUGUCCUCAACAUUCCCCACCCAUCAGUGAUUUCCUCUCCACUUUUGAAGUCCCUGCACUCUGCUGGACCCCCACUCCUUGCUGUUACUGCAGCUCCUCCAGCCCAGCCCCUUGCCAAGAAAAAAGGUGUAAAGCGGAAAGCAGAUACUACCACCCCUACGCCUACAGCCAUCCUGGCUCCUGGUUCCCCAGCUAGCCCUCCUGGGAGUCUUGAGCCUAAGGCAGCACGGCUUCCCCCUAUGCGCAGAGAGAGUGGUCGCCCCAUCAAGCCCCCACGCAAAGAUUUGCCUGAUUCUCAGCAACAACACCAGAGCUCUAAGAAAGGAAAGCUUUCAGAACAAUUAAAACAUUGCAAUGGCAUUUUGAAGGAGUUACUCUCUAAGAAGCAUGCUGCUUAUGCUUGGCCUUUCUAUAAACCAGUGGACGCUUCUGCACUUGGCCUGCAUGACUACCAUGACAUCAUUAAGCACCCCAUGGACCUCAGCACUGUCAAGCGGAAGAUGGAGAACCGUGAUUACCGGGAUGCACAGGAGUUUGCUGCUGACGUACGGCUUAUGUUCUCUAACUGCUAUAAGUACAAUCCCCCAGAUCACGAUGUUGUGGCAAUGGCACGAAAGCUACAGGAUGUAUUUGAGUUCCGUUACGCCAAGAUGCCAGAUGAACCACUGGAACCAGGGCCUUUACCAGUCUCUACUGCCAUUCCCCCUGGCUUGGCCAAAUCAUCUUCAGAGUCCUCCAGUGAGGAAAGUAGCAGUGAGAGCUCCUCUGAGGAAGAGGAGGAGGAAGAUGAGGAGGAUGAGGAAGAAGAGAGUGAAAGCUCAGACUCAGAGGAAGAAAGGGCUCAUCGUUUGGCAGAACUGCAGGAACAGCUUCGGGCAGUACAUGAACAACUGGCUGCUCUGUCCCAGGGUCCAAUAUCCAAGCCCAAGAGGAAAAGAGAGAAAAAAGAGAAAAAGAAGAAACGGAAGGCAGAGAAGCAUCGAGGACGAGCUGGGGCCGAUGAAGAUGACAAGGGGCCUCGAGCACCCCGCCCACCUCCGCCCAAGAAGUCCAAGAAAGCAAGUGGCAUUGGAGGUGGCAGUGCUGCUUUAGGCCCUUCGGGCUUUGGACCUUCUGGAGGAAGUGGCACCAAGCUCCCCAAAAAGGCCACAAAGACAGCUCCACCUGCCCUGCCUACGGGUUAUGAUUCAGAGGAGGAGGAAGAGAGCAGGCCUAUGAGUUACGACGAAAAGCGGCAGCUGAGCCUGGACAUCAACAAAUUACCUGGAGAGAAGCUGGGCCGAGUUGUGCACAUAAUCCAAGCCAGGGAACCCUCUUUACGUGAUUCAAACCCAGAAGAGAUUGAGAUUGAUUUCGAAACACUCAAGCCAUCCACACUUAGAGAGCUUGAGCGCUAUGUCCUUUCCUGCCUACGUAAGAAACCCCGGAAGCCCUACACCAUUAAGAAGCCUGUGGGAAAGACAAAGGAAGAACUGGCUUUGGAGAAAAAGCGGGAAUUAGAAAAGCGGUUACAAGAUGUCAGCGGACAGCUCAAUUCCACUAAAAAGCCCCCCAAGAAAGCAAGUGAGAAAACAGAGUCAUCCUCUGCACAGCAAGUAGUAGUAUCACGCCUCAGUGCUUCCAGCUCCAGCUCAGAUUCCAGCUCCUCCUCUUCAUCGUCAUCGUCUUCAGACACCAGUGAUUCAGACUCAGGCUAAGGGGCCAGGCCAGAUGGGGCAGGAAGGCUCCGCAGGACCGGACCCCUAGAUCACCCUGCCCCACCCACCCUUUUCCCCUUUGCUGUGACUUCAUCUCACCCCCCUGCCCUCGUCUAGGAGAGCUGGCUCUGCAGUGGGGGGGGGGGGGUGCAGGGACAUUUACUGAAGGAGGGAUAUGGACAAAAUAAGAUGGAAUUCUCAUGAGGCCCCAUUGGGGAGUGAUUUCUUGGACAUAGAUCCCCCAUUCAAAAUGACUGGGGCAGGGCAAGGGGGUAUAGGGUGGAAGUGUGCAAAGCCUCUGAUCUGGAGUUAUGUAAGGCCAUAGCUGCCCUGUUGACUUCUAAGGGCCCUGUUUUGAGGUUGGUUGUUCUAAUUUAUUUUAAGCUAGGUAAUGCUGGGAGGGUGGGGCCUUGGUCCCCUCAGCCUCCAUGGGGAGGGAAGAAGGGGGAGCUCUUUUUUUUACGUUGACUUUUUUUUUCUACUGUUUUCCCUUUUUCCUUCGCUCCAUUUGGGGCCCUGGGGGUUUCAGUCAUCUCCCCAUUUGGUCCCCUGGACUGUCUUUGUUGAUUCUAACUUGUAAAUAAAGAAAAUAUUAUUCAAGUUUUGAGUUACCUUAAUAACACUGGCGUUUGUAGUGUUUCAAAAGGAACGUGAUCAGAACUGCCGUGAUAAUUUUGGAGAAAAUACUCUGGCAAUGAGAAAAAGCAAUAGCUAUCCUAUAAUUGGAUCGUCUUAAUAUUUAAACAAAGCAGGCUUUUGUUGUGUUUUUAAUAAAGUAAAUCCAUCUGAUUUU